UAUUAAUUUAUCGCACAUAAGCGCUUAUCGGACUUAUUUCGUCGCUAAUAUUGUUGUUGUUUGCAAAGUAGGAGAAAAACGAAGAAAACUAUUUGAAAACCGUGUGAAUAUUGUUAAUUUCACGAUCCUAUUAUUACCUUUAAACCGCGUAAAGUGUGCAAUCAAAACAACCGAGAUGCAUCGGCUUUGACGACGUGCCCCGUCACCACUAUCCUUAUCCACAAUCUGGAUUGGGGGUCCGAGGGUUAUAACUCUCGAAAAUCAAGUGUUAAGUGCAAUUAAAUGCCAUUGGCAAAUGUUCGGAUACUGCAGCGUUAAGUUGAAGCUGCAAUGAUCUCGCCGGACCAUGAAGAAGUCAAUAUGGUCCUGGAUCGGCAUGUGCGCCAGAAUAUCCAGGACAUGAUGCACGAGGCCCAUGUCCAGGCGAGCUUGCUGGAAAGCGAAGCCGCCGGUCGCGACCACUUCAACUCUGACUCAAGCUUAGACCAGGACUCUCUUCAGGCUGACGACUCUAUGGCCGUGAUAGAUACUCUUUCCGCCGAUGGCAUUGUCGAGGAGGACCUGACCCCCGAACAGGGUGUUGUGGAUGGCAGCGAGGUGCAAAAUUAUCAUGAAAUGAUGGUGGACACGGAUCAUCACAUCGAUAUUAACGGAUCGCUACGCAAACGUCGUGGAAAUCUGCCCAAGCACUCUGUAAAGAUUUUAAAGCGUUGGCUCUAUGAGCACCGCUAUAACGCCUAUCCCAGCGAUGCGGAAAAGUUUACCUUAUCCCAGGAAGCUAAUCUAACCGUGCUACAGGUAUGUAACUGGUUCAUCAAUGCCCGUCGCCGAAUUCUGCCUGAAAUGAUUAGACGUGAGGGAAACGAUCCUUUGCACUUCACCAUCUCGCGGCGGGGAAAAAAAGUCAGUCCUAACUCUUCCGGAUCAAGCGCUUUAGGCUUAAACUUGACAAGUACUCCUCAUCCCAUUCAUGGCAGUCCUGCCUCUGAAGUGGUUGUUGGUGCCACUGAGGAGGUAGAUGGUGGUGGGGAAAUCCACGAGGGCAUUGCCAAUGUCCUGACCAACUUCGAAAAGUAUGUGCAGGGUCCCAACGGGCAAAUAGUCAAAAUGGAGCCGGAAUACGAGGACAGCGUUAUCUACAGUUGGCAACAAGCAAUUGCAAACAACCCGAUUGGAUUCCAAAGCCUUCAUUCGUCGCUUCAAGCAACCAUGAUCGAUAAGAUCCAGAACUAUCAGAUGCGCAAGGCGGCGGCCAUCGGAGGCUCGGCCGCUGUCUCUGCCAACGCUGGCACCUCCAGCACUACCCCCAAUUCCGCCACCUCCAUACUGCCGUACAGUCUUUUCGGUCAGUUGCCGCCAGAAUUCGAUGACGAAGAGAAACCAAGUCCACCUAAGCGCGGACGGAAGCGGCAGACUGUCGUGAAGAGUAAUGACAAGAGCAAGCAAGCAAAGACGGAGUCCGAAAACCAAGAGGAUUCAAUAUACUGCUAUCAAGAUGAAUUCGGCUCCUUUGUGGUUGCCCCUAGGUCGGAGGGCGAGGAGAGCGGCCAAGGAUACGAGUCCUGUGAGCAUAACAGCGAGGAGGAAGUACGCUUCGAGAACUCUGAUGAUUGGCAAAGCGUCAUGAAGACCGUAUUCAGCACUGAAGAAGUCGCUACCUCGGCUGGAAAUAAUCCAAGUACUUCUGGCUCCAAGGGAUCUGCUAAGAAUGCCGCCUGUCGGAAGUCGAACCAGCAGAGUAUGAAGCUUGAUGGCAAUCAACAGUUAGCAGCCUCCAAUAAUGAUUUGAUGCAGGCCUCAGAUUUCGAGACCACAAUCCCAAACAGCUCCAAUCAACAGAUCAUUGUCAAUAGUCUGAGGGCGGAUGAUUUGGUAACCACCAACGAAGACGAAACUGGUCAAAUCCAGCCUUCAUCGCCAUCGCAGGGUGCCAGUCGAGAGGAGCGUGGCGAAUACAAGUGUCUGUAUUAUCUUGUGGAAACUGCCUUGGCCGUGCGUCAGCCCGACGAAGACCAGGACGAGGAUUUUGUCUACAUGGGUGACUAGUGGCCCAAAACAACAAACGAAUUCCACUAUUCGAUCCGAUCUGCUGAGGCGUGUAUAUAUUUAUAUAUUGUAGUAUUUUAAUUGAAGAGCAUGUUUUGGGUCUAGAACCCAAACCCCACGCUUAGGCCGAUGUUAUUAUGUUUAUUGACUAGAUUACUAACAUAUUGUACAAAUCAUUAGAUCAAUUCAGGAUGCAAUGCCCAGUCCACGCCGCAUAUCCAUCAAGUCAAUUUUCGAACGAAACGCCCUACAAUCUGGGCAUGAUUCUUUUAAAUACGAUUGUGUAUACUACUGAUAUUCAAAUAAACCAAAAACCUGUGCAUUUGCCAUACACUAUAA